UAAAUCAACCAAAAUAAUGUCCACAUUCAUACCACCCAGUUUUACUAUUUAAACCAAAUGAUUUUGACUCUCAUAAUUCUGAGAGGGAUCACAGGGAAAAAAUCCACCUUUCGUUCAACCAGUUCCUGAUAUCCCCUGAGCCGAAAAAAAAUAAAGAGGGGUAUCGGAACUUUACGGGUUGAAAAUGGCAGUUACUACCAAACAGCUAGCUGCUAUCGUUGCCGUCUUGGGCGUCAUCUCGUUCAUAUUCGGAGUCGCUGCUGAACGUAACAAGCCUCCAGCUGGGGAACCAAUUCAAGGGAAAGGAGUGGUGAUAUGCAAAUACCCAUCAGAUCCAUCAAUACCCUAUGGGUAUCUCUCUGCUGUAUUCCUGGUUGCAUGCACAGGAGUUGGCUACUUCUCCCUGUUCUACCCUUACCAGGGGAAAUCUGUUCCACAAUCUGCUUUCUUUAGCAGCCACAAGUUCACCAUAUUCUUCAACAUCGCUAUGGUAACAGCAGGAUUUGCAACAGCAUUGCUUCUGUACACUACGAUCUCGGAGCACUUUCUACUGACGCACAACGUUCAUCACGAUCUUGAUACGCAAUGUCCUACGGCUAAAACCGGUCUACUUGGUGGAGCGGCCUUUGCAUCGCUUGACUCGGCAUUAUUCUGGUUGGUCGCGCUGAUGAUGGGGUCUAAUGUCAGGGAAGACUACUUCGGUGAAACAGAAUCUGGUGAUGACUACGGUGAUGCUAAUAGCGUCGUCGUGAUUGGUUAGAACUCUGCAUGCUUGUACAGAUGGGAAUUCAUGUAAAUCUAUAGUCAAAAACUAUUAUGCAAUAUUUAUUUACUUGUAAUAUUUCUACUGUUAUCUGUUUAAUUAGGAAGGUUUCUAAUUGGCAGCAACUGAUUGUCUACACCUUUUUUAGCCAUCCGUUGUACUAGUUCAAUAAAAGAGUUCUCUGUCUGCAAUGGCGGACGAGUGCUAGA